CAACAACACACGACAAAGGCAAGCAUGGCGUGGCAGUCUGUGGUGAAUGCAGUGAAGCGGUCUGUGGCCGGUGCAGCCAAGAGGCUGAUGGGCCCGCCAGACUUCAGUCGCUCGAAGCCCUUUGCACUGUUCCAGUUCCGCACGGCCAAUGACCUCAAGCAGUGGGUGUGCACCUCGGAUAAGAAGGCGUUUGGCGGCCACUCCACCGCCAAGGUGGAGGUAAUGCCGGAGGGAUACGUGAGGUUCUCAGGCAACCUGUCCACGAAGCUCCCAUCCAAUGCAGACGUCGUACGCUCAGGCUUUUGCCUACUUCGCACACAACGACCAAAGCCGAAGCUGUUCGGCGACACAUACAUCAAGCUUGGAACACACAACGCGAUUGAGUUUGAGAUCCGAGGGGACGGGCGCGCGUACAUUGCAAACCUGCAGCCAGACACAUACAGGGAAGAGGAUCUGCAUCAGGCCACCAUUUACACACGCGGCGGGCCGCACUGGCAAACCGUACAGAUACCGCUGACAGAGUUCCUGCUGACGUAUCGCGGGUAUGUGCAGAACGAGCAGUCGAUCAUCAACGGGGACAAGAUCAAGACGCUUGGCAUCCUACUCGCCGACGCACGCGACGGCCCGUUCCAGCUGGACAUUCGAGAGAUUCGCGCAGUGACCAUGGUUGAUGCCGACCCGCGCAUGGACAGGACACGCGCGCGCAUGAAGACGGAGUGGGCCCCGCACGGCACGGAGAAUGGCAAGGAUACAGCGACGACGACGACGACGACGACGACGACGACGACACAGACACAGACACAUGCGGGAGCAAACGCAGACUCAUCCGACUCAGAUUCAACCUCAGAUUCAGCGCAGUCGCAACGCAGCGGCAGCGGUAGUGGUAGUGAGCCGCAUAGGGGGUAAACUGGUGACGCAUUGCUAGCUAGCUGCUGUGCUCUGUGACCUGUAUAUAUGUGUGCAAGGAUGAGCGUGUGUGUUCUCAGUUCCCCUUGUGUGUGACUGUGUUCAGUUCAGACGUGGCCAAAACGCUUUUGUUUCAUGGCUGCACACACACACACACAUGUAAACGAUUCAAUGCUGAA